UUGACAUUUCGUUCUGUCAUUUUUGUAAAAUGGUGGUGUAAUUACGUAAAUAUUUAAAAAAACAUAUUUUAACUGUUAAUAACUAAACUAGCAUCGUUCUUAGUGCAUUCAACUAUUCACGAUGCUGCGCAAUAUUCUACAGCCAUGCAAAGAAGCUUUAACUAGUCCGAAUAUUAUUAGGAACAUAACAGCGGGUAAUUUUGGAAAUGUGCAGUUACAGCAUGUGCAAAAGCGAGAACAAUCCACGCAGCCUGUUGAGGUACACAAACCUUAUUCCCCGUUUCAAGUAAGCAGAAGCAAUCUUGGCGAAUACGCUCUAGCGAGACUCGAUGAUUUGUUGAAUUGGGGCCGUAAGAAUUCCAUGUGGCCUCUUACUUUCGGGCUGGCGUGCUGUGCUGUUGAAAUGAUGCACAUCGCAGCUCCCCGAUACGAUAUGGACAGGUAUGGUGUAGUAUUUAGGGCUUCCCCUCGUCAAGCUGACGUUAUUAUUGUAGCGGGUACAUUGACAAAUAAAAUGGCUCCGGCUUUGAGGAAAGUGUACGAUCAAAUGCCCGAACCGAGAUGGGUGAUUUCCAUGGGUAGUUGCGCUAACGGUGGUGGUUACUAUCAUUAUUCAUAUUCUGUUGUUAGGGGUUGUGAUAGAAUUAUACCAGUAGAUAUUUACGUGCCCGGAUGUCCACCAACGGCAGAGGCACUUUUGUAUGGGAUUCUCCAGUUGCAAAAGAAGGUAAAGAGGAUGAAUACGAUGCAAAUGUGGUACAGAAAGUAACAAUAUUAUAAUUAAUUAGGUAACAAAUAAAUGAUAUAUCCAAAACGUUCCUUUUUUAUUCAAUUUGUAUCGAAAGCUUUCAUUGCAAG